CUGAAACCGCCUCCGUCGGUGGAUGAGUCUGAAACCGCCUCUGUCGGUGGACUACAUCACCUUCGUUGGUGGACUACGGUGCUCCGUCGGAUCAAAACUAGCUGGAUUGUAAUCAGUUAGAGAUUCCUCGGACCAUAUAUUUUUAUUCUUCACUUUUUGUUUUGGUUGUGUGAAACUUCGGUGAUAGCCGAUGUGAGAAAUAUCACUGAUACGAGAAAAGAGUGAUGAUUUGGAGUUUUGAGAUAACAUGAUUGAUAACGGGUCAAGUGUCUCCUCUUCUGAAAGUGGUUUAGCUAAAUUGAUUCGGAAAAAACACUUUCUUGGUGAAGAAUGAGAAAGACAGAGAGGAGGCUAUGGAUCCAGGGAGCAUUGGUUUUAACACGGGAGAGCCUCGGAUACAGCUUUACUUCCUUCUUGGUCUUGUCUACGCUCCUGUGACGCCAAUGCUUCUUCCUUUUAUCUUGGUUUUCUUCUCUCUUGCUUACAUUGUGUAUCGUCAUCAAAUCAUAAAUGUAUACAAUCAAGAAUACGAGAGCGCUGCAGCAUUUUGGCCAGAUGUUCAUGGACGAGUCAUAUCUGCAUUGAUAAUAUCUCAGCUGCUUCUCAUGGGUCUAUUGGGAACGAAAAACGCUGCAUUAGCUGCACCAUUGCUCAUUGCUUUGCCUGUGAUUACCAUCGGUUUCCACCACUUCUGCAAAGGUCGUUAUGAGCCGACUUUUAUAAGAUACCCUCUACAGGAAGCUAAGAUGAAAGAUACAUUGGAAAACGCAAGAGAGCCAAACUUGAACCUCAGAGGCUACUUGCAGAGUGCUUAUGUUUAUCCUGUGUUCAAAGGCGAUGAAGAUGAUGAUGACUAUGAUGAUGAAAAGCUCGGGAAGUAUGAGGAUGAAGCUAUUAUUGUUCCCACCAAACGUCAGUCCAGGAGGAAGAGAGAAAAGGGAGACCAUGUCCUGCACCUAGGCCAUUGUCACACUUGGAUUUGGAAAAAGUUCUUGUUACGUCGAAGAAGACGCAAGUUGCAGCAGGUGAGUACUGUGGGUUGAGAUGGUCAAGGGAACCAGAUGAGGUGGAAGUAGCUAUAAGUUGAAUCUCAAAGCUACUGGUCUCUCAAUUCAUUAACCUUCAGUAUGGUUCUAAGGAUAAAACUAUUCAUGUAUGUUUAUAAAACCAAUCAUAUGUAUCAACCAUCUAUAAAGUUUAUAAAACACAUAUAAAUAUUUAUAUAACUAGUUAUAAAGGUUUGUAAAACUAUUUGAAAGGGUUUAUAAAACUAUUUACAAGAACUUGUAAGCUAUUUAUAAAAGGUUAAUACAUUAUUUAUAAGUGUUUAUAAAUUAAUUUAAAAGGUUUA